UUCAAACAUGUUUGGAAGACGGUAUACAAAAAACCGUGGGAACUGGAUUUUGAUGCUGAUAAAAUUACUAUAAAUACCGGGCUCAUUCCAACAGAAAUUUCAGUCACGGUGGGGUAGUGGUGGAGAUAACAUCUCAUAUAACAAGAUUUUUCUACACUAGACUGAAUGCUACAACAAUUCUUCAUUGUGAGGUGUGACCUAGUUCAAUUACCAGAUUUACAAUGGACCACAAGCCACAAGCCAGAUUGCUUUCCUCUCUAUAUAAAAAAAUGGUGACGAGUAUUAAUGGUAAUGUUAUCUUAUAUAAAUGGACAGAAUUCUUGACUACUGAUAUUAAGAUACUAUUUGAACAAUUUAGACCAAUUAUUCUGGAAAUAAUGCUUUCAAAAUCGAAAAAAUUUAAUGGAAAUGUUAAAUGGUUUGUUAGUUUACAUGUGAAAUUAAGAAAAAUUGUAACUGAUGUUGAUCAAUUGGAAAUCACACCUACAUUUCAUGGAAAAUCAAGAUCAAUUAUCAAUAUUCAUAAUAAUGUCAAUGAAUUUCAUAAGCAAUGGGAGGAGGCUGAAAAUAUAAUAAAUGAAAAGUUUGAUAAAUUCAUUCAAAAUGGUAGUGGGUGGGUAAUUGAUGAGUUUCAAAGAUUUGAUUUGAAUAUAGUGAAAUAUUCACCCAUACAUGGAACAGGUUCAUAUGUCUUGACACCCAAAAGAAUAGCAGUUAAAAGAGUCAUUUUAAAUAUCAGGAAUGAAGAUGAUUUAUGUUUUGUCUGGUCUGUUCUAGCUUAUUUUCAUAAUAAUAGAACACAUAAUAGAGUUAGCGACUUGAAAAAAUUAUUAAAUCUAAUUAAUAUCAAUGAUCUAAAUUUCCCACUUAUUUUGGAAGAUAUUUCAAAAUUCGAAAAACAAAACCCAACUAUAUCUAUAAAUGUUGUUGGAUAUGAAAAUGAAAUUGUCUAUCCAUUACUUACAUCAGAAAAUCAACAUAGAGAGCAUAAAAUUACGCUUUUACUUUUAGAAUCAAAUGGUAAGAAACACUAUACUCUGGUGAGGAAUUUGUUUAGACUUUGUUCCUUAAAUUCAAGCGAAUCAUCGUUCAUUCCUAUACCGAAGUUCAUAACAGAUAAGAAAGCUAUAGUGAAUGUGAAAAGUGAUGAUAGUCUUUCAUUUAUUUGGUCUGUCUUAGCUUUCUUCCAUAAUAAGAGGACUAAUAGAGUUGGAGACUUGAAAAAUUAUUGA